AUGAGUUCAAGAUAUUCUGCUAUGGAUUCGCUGCAACGAGAUUUAAGAACCCAACUAUUCACAACCCCACAAGGAAUUAGAAGAGUGCCUCAUAGGACAGCCUCUCCAUAUGACCCAACACCUCAACCAUCAGCAAAACAUCAAGAAUCAAUGAUGCUGACAUUAGAAUCUCAAAAUGAAGAUGAAAUGGAUACUAUAGGACAAAAAGUGGCGAUGCUAAAGAAUUUAGGUGUAAAAAUGGGUGUUGAAAUUAAUAAAUCGGUAAAACUAAAUGAAGACAUAACUAAUAAUUUUGAAAGAGGUAAAGUUACUUUGAAAAAUACUUAUAAUAAUAUGAUAGAUAUGAGUAAAAAAGCAGGUAUAACAUGGCGUAUGUGGUUAUUGGUAUUUUUAAUUGUAUUUUUAUGGUUUUUCUGGGUCUGGCUAUUUUAA